GUAGCCACUAAUUCCUUAAUUAAAGAGUCAAAAUCAAGCUUAAGUACAAACUAUCAGUGCCGCACCGGCCAAUACACUACCGUUAUGUUCCCACGCAAAGGAAGUUUCUGCUGACCUUUUCCACCAACUGCUUUCGUCUUUCUAUCCACCUCUUUCUAUUCCCAAAAGACUUUGGCUUCCAUUGUUUUCUUUCUUCUUCUUCUUUGCUCCCUUCAUAUUCUUUACGUUUUUUUUGAAUACACAAGCCAUGAAGCAGGGUUCAACGCACCAGCCACAGCUCUUUUGGCCUCAAGUUGUCAUGCGGAAAUUGCUCAACAUCACUCCCAGAGACUCCGAUUACGGCGCCGAUACUGAGGAUGAAGACGACAUUGGUUCUGAUGCUGAAACCGAAGAAUUCUUUGAAUGUGCCAAUGGCAGAGAAUCAAGGUUUAGAGGGAACAGAGAGGAGGAGCCUCAGCCUGAUCUAAAUGAUGGUCUUCCAAGGUUGAGGAGACGAAAGUCAGAGACUUUUAGGGCACAAUACAUAAACACAAAGGAAAUAAGAGUAUGUGUUGGUACCUGGAAUGUUGGUGGAAAGGUUCCGCCUGAUGACCUAGAUAUUGAUGAUUGGAUAGAUAUCAAUGAGCCUGCUGACAUAUAUGUGCUUGGUCUUCAGGAGAUAAUACCAUUAAAUGCUGGGAAUAUUUUUGGUGCUGAAGACAGCCGCCCAGUUCCAAAGUGGGAAAACAUCAUCCGUGAAACACUCAAUAGAAUUCAAUCAACAACUACCAAAGUUAAAUGCUAUAGUGAUCCCCCAUCUCCAUCAAAGUUUAAGCCAUCUGAUGAUGUUCCAAAUUUAGAAGAGGAGAUAAUUCUUGAAAGUGAUAGUGAUAUCGGUGAAGAAAUUUAUCCAUUGGAUGAAGAACCCAAUGGUUUUGAUGAAGUCAAUAAUUCAGUUGGAAAUAAAAGUGUUUUCACCAAUUCUGGGAUUUUAGACUGUAAUGAUGGUGCUAAACUUGAUAUGCCAAUAGAGCAGGAUUUACAGAGGCAAUAUUCUUCUCCAAAGCGGUUAGAUAGAUUGAAUUGCUUGCGGACGGAGGAUUUUGCUGAAAAUGUAGAAGCCCCUGUCAGUCAACAAAAUGGAAAAUUUACCAAAAUGCUUAGUGGGAUUGAACAAAAUGGAAAAUUAACCAGAAUUCUUAGUGGGACUGAAAGGAUUGGUUUAAGCUGGCCAGAGCCUCCACUAAACUUGUUAUCUCAGCAUGUUUUGGACAGACCAAGUUCUUUCAAAUCGAUCAAAUCUUUUCGAGCAACCAAGUCUUUUCAAACAUAUAGUUCCUUCAAGUCUAUAAAUGACAGGGCAUCAGGGAUAGCUUUGCUUGCAGAUCUUGACCUCGAAUCCCUCAUGAAGCGUAAAAGAAGAUCAUCAUAUGUAAGAAUAGUAAGUAAGCAGAUGGUCGGAAUUUUCCUUACCAUAUGGGUUCGUAGGAGUUUGCGCAGGCAUGUUCGGAAUUUGAAGGUGUCUACUGUUGGUGUUGGCGUAAUGGGCUACAUUGGUAACAAGGGAUCUAUAUCAGUCAGCAUGUCCAUAUAUCAAACAUUUUUUUGUUUUAUAUGCAGUCACCUGACAUCAGGUGAAAAAGAUGGAGAUGAACUUAAAAGAAAUGCUGAUGUGCAAGAAAUACUUAGGCGAACUCAUUUUCAUUCUCUUUCUGCAAUUGAACUUCCCAGAAGUAUUCAUGAUCAUGAAAGAAUAAUUUGGUUGGGUGAUCUAAAUUACCGAUUAAACCUGUUGUAUCACAAAACACUUGAUCUCAUCUCCAAGAUGGAGUGGUCCAAGUUGAUUGAGGAAGACCAGCUUGUACGAGAGCUGCGGAAAGGUCGUACAUUUGAUGGAUGGGCUGAGGGCGCUUUAAAUUUUGCACCAACAUACAAAUAUGAGUUAAAUUCAGAGAAAUACUAUGGAGAAGAUCCCAAGGUUGGGAGGCGAACCCCUGCUUGGUGUGACCGCAUCCUUUCGCAUGGUAAAGGAAUGAGGCAACUAAGUUAUAGGAGGACUGAGCUUAAACUUUCUGAUCAUCGCCCUGUUACUGCAAUAUAUGUGGCUGAGGUUGAGGUAUUUUGUCCAUGGAAACUACAGCGAGCUCUCACCUAUACCAAUGCUGAAAUUGAAAACGAGGAAGUUGUUGAAUACUGAUGUUGGAACAAGUCCCCUCGUUGGAUCAGGAUAGGUUUGCCGUUUGCUGGGAGAUCAUCAAGGAAAACAAAUCUAUGCCUGCACCUUUGAGCCUGGGGGUGAGAGCUCCUAUAACUCUUGAUAUUAGCUACACCUUGGAUUCGUUCAUUUCAAAUUUUUUUUUUUUACUUUGUUAAGAUAAUGUAUAUUGUAAUCAUUGUAUAAAUGCAUAAACGCUAGGGGUUUCACAAAUAGGUUCUAGAACAAUGCAGAUACAUUUACAGUUGAGUUUGCAUGUAUUCAUACAGCUUUGGCAUAAAGUUUAUCAAUAUGCCCUUCUACCAGCAGCUUUUUCUAGCUGAUGAUGUAAAGAUAUAGUCAAUGCAUGUUUUUUGGUGGUGGAGUUGCUAUCUUUUGGCUGUCCAAAACUACAUUCUUCUGUAAUAUUUGCAGGUGCUAUGAACUGCUAUUUGUCUAUCUACGUUAUCUCCUCCCUCUCUCUCUGCUUUUGGGUGUCUGUAAAUGUGAUCACUGAUGACAUGAAUCCUGAGUUCUUUCACACCAAAAGAGCCACUUACAGAUAUUACUUAACAUACGUAUAUUUACAAUUCUCUAUAACUGGAUGAGGCUCAACUUCCUAUGUUUGGUGGUAUUUCUAUAGCUCGAAUAUAGAGCAAAAUUCUGCGAGUUACAUUAAAGAAAAUAAAUAGGCUAGCUUGGCAUAAAAGUAAAACCAUAUGGCCUGUAUACAUCUCUAAACGAGAUACAUGGUUACCUUAGCCAUUAGAUGUUUCUUUAUUCUGCCGUCUAUAUCAUGCCAUGACUAAAACUUUCCUAAGCUUCCUAGGCUUUAUAAGAUAUAAGAUCUAACUGCAAAUGCAGGUGGAAAAAUUCCAGCUUGAUAGUAUAAUACCAUUUAUCAUUUCAUAUACUUUCUUUGGUUGGCAAAUGGAACGAUGAAGGAUUCAUUAUGCUUCAUUUUAAAAGGCCUUGAAUCAUGGUAGUUACUAUAUUUUGAAAGGCUACUAUGUAACUUCAAUUCAAAGUUGUAAGUUGUUCAUUCCUUUUAAUGUGGCAGGACUCAGACUCCUUUUUCAUGUCUAUGUCUAUGAAUGAAUAGGGAAGUGCACACAAAAGCAUAUUAUUAUUAUAUAGAGUUCAAUAAAUAAAAAGUUCAAGCUGAAAUGCAUAAUAUAAUCAUUGUCUCACUUUGAGAAUUUAUGAAAAAAAAAAAAAAAGGAAGCUCCUUUUGGUCUUCCAGCCUCUUUUCUUAUAGGCU